AUGGUGAUUGAGAAUGUGUCUAUAUGCAAUGGUCUCCUCUUGAAACUGAAACUGAGGUGGGAUGGACCCGCACUAAAGGACUUAAAUAAAUUAAUGGUGAUUGAGAAUGUGUCGAACGGAUUCACUACGUUGGUGGUGUCUAUAUGCAAUGGUCUCCUCUUGAAGCUGAAACUGAGGUGGCAUGGAACCCCACCUGGGAAGCACGGAUACGGGAUGGAGGCCGCGUAUCGGCGUGUCGACAUGCCCCGGAUACGGGAACGCAUUCGACACGCCGGGGAAACGCACCGGAAACGCUCCAGGAGCUCCGGAUACGCCAAGCGGGCCGUAUCGGAAACGGUAACGGGUCGCCGGAUACGGGCCUUUUGCGUUUCAGACGAUAUGAGUUCUUCUGCUGCUCCUGGAGAUGAUGAUCUCAAACCUUUGUGGAAAUUUGUGAAAAAACAAAAACUAGGUACUGGAGGUGGGAAUAAUAUGAUCGAAUGCAAUUUUUGUGGAGAGAGUUUUCAGGGAUCCUACACUAGAGUAAGAGCUCACUUGUUGGAUGGGGGGUGUGGUGUUAGAGCUUGUUCCAAAGUAACUACUUCAAUGAGAGCAGAUUUAAGGAAGUUAAACAAUGAGGCGCAGCACAAGAUUGAGCAGAGAAAAAACAAAAAAACAGUCUGUUUGCCCCCACUUUCCUGUGAGAGUGAGAUUUUUGAUCUGAAAAAGAGGAAGGUAUCAUUUAUAGAAAAGGGCUUCAAUACUCAAGCUAGGGAAACACUUGACAAUGAGAUAGCUAGAAUGUUUUAUUCUUCUGGGUUGCCAUUUCAUCUUGCAAGAAAUCCGCAUUAUAGGAAUGCAUUUUCUUAUGCUUGCAAUAAUUCUAUUAGUGGAUAUCAACCUCCCGGUUAUAACAAGUUGAGAACUACUUUGUUAAUGAAUGAAAGAAGUCAUGUAGAGAGGCUAUUGGUGCCAAUCAAGAGUAAUUGGAGCAAAAAAGGAGUCACAAUUGUUAGCGAUGGGUGGAGUGAUCCUCAAAGGAGACCUCUUAUUAAUUUCAUGGCGGUCACAGAGGAUGGACCUAUGUUUUUAAAAGCUGUAGAUUGUUCCAAUGUUACAAAGGACAAGGAAUUCAUUGCCAAACACUUGAAUGAUGUUAUAAUGGAGGCUGUCCCCUCUAAUGUGGUGCAAGUGGUGACUGAUAAUGCACCGGUUUGCAAGGCGGCAGGUUUAAUUGUUGAGAAUGAAUUUCCAACAAUUUAUUGGACUCCUUGUGUGGUGCAUACCCUCAAUCUUGCUUUGAAGAAUAUUUGUGCUGUGAAGAAUACUGAGAAGAACUCUGUUGUGUAUGAUGAAUGUUCUUGGAUCACAAUAAUUGCUGAAGAUGCUAUGUUAAUUAAGAACUUCAUUGUGUGUCACUCUAUGAGGUUAUCUAUUUUUAACUCUUUCAAUUCUUUGAAGAUGCUCUCCAUUGCUCCUACAAGAUUUUCUUCCACUAUAGUGAUGCUCAAGAGGUUUAAGCAGAUAAAGAAAGGGCUUCAAGAGAUGGUCAUUAGUGAGGAAUGGUCUACCUACAAGGAUGAUGAUCUGCUAAAGGCCAAAUUUGUGAAGGAAACUUUGUUGGAUGAUCUUUGGUGGGACAAAGUGGAUUACAUUCUUUCUUUCACAAGCCCUAUCUAUGAUGUUUUAAGAAGAAUGGACACGGAUGCUUCAACUCUUCACACAGUAUAUGAAAUGUGGGAUUCUAUGAUUGAAAAUGUGAAAAAGCUUAUAUACAAGUAUGAAAGAAAGAUGGACUCCGAGCACUCUCCAUUUUAUGAGGUAGUUCAUGGCAUAUUAGUUGAUCGUUGGACAAAGAGUAGCACACCUCUUCAUUGUUUAGCUCACUCAUUGAACCCAAGAUAUUAUAGUGCUGAAUGGCUUGCUGAAGAUUCUAGUAGAGUUCGUCCACAUCUAGAUCUGGAAAUUACCCGUGAAAGGACUAAAUGCUUCAAAAGAUUUUUUCCGGAUCCGGAAGAGAGGAGAAAAGUGAAUGUAGAGUUUGCUAACUUUGCGGGUGGAAGAGAACGAUUUGCUGACAUUGAUAGUUUGGGUAAUAUGGGAAAUAUUGGUGCUAAGGAGUGGUGGAUUAUUCAUGGUAUUAAUGCUCCAACACUUCAACCCCUUGCCCUUAAGUUACUUGGGCAACCAUGUUCUUCUUCAUGUUGUGAGAGAAAUUGGAGCACUUACUCUUUCAUUCAUUCUUUAAAGAGAAACAAGAUGACACCACGUAGAGCCGAGGAUUUAGUGUUCAUUCAUAGCAAUCUCCGCCUUAUUUCAAGAAGAUCCGAAGAAUAUGGAAAAGGGGAAAGCAAGAUGUGGGAUAUAGCGGGAGAUGAGUUUGGUCCACUUGAUGAGAGUGGGCUCCUUGAAGUUGCCAACUUAUCAUUGGAUGAACCAGAGCUAGAGGCUAUGAUUUUCAAUGAUGAUGAUGUUCAAGAAGGCACUACAAAGAGUAGUUAUCUUUUUUAUGAGACAAAAAGCUUAUUUUGUUAA